CGUCGUAGAUACAAACCCCGCCCUCAUAUUUUCUUGGUUACCGUCCCUUGUCUCCCUUUGUCCACUCCAGCUCUUCUUCUCCCUCUUAGCGAGCCUCCCCUGUGCCCAGCUCGGCUUGAACACCGCCAGCCACUACAUCUCCUUCAGACAAAAUAGUGUAGCUUGUAGCCCUGAAUUUUCUGUUAAGGGUCAAGUUUGUUAUGAUGGCUGGCAUCCUUUUUGAUGACAUUUUUACAAUUGAGAUUCUAAACCCAAACGGUGAAAAAUUUGAUAAAGUUACUAGGAUUGCAGCACAGAGUGAAAAGCAUGGGAUAUUGAUGAAUCUAGAUGUAAAUACUGAGAUAUAUCCGAUGAAGAAAAAAGAGAAAUUCUUGAUGGUAUUGUCACCCACACUUAAUUGGAAUGAAGCAUUUUCCUCCAGUGAUGAUAUGCAGGGCGAGCAGAAGUCUCUUGCAGACAAAUUUGAAUAUGUCAUGCAUGGAUUGGUGUAUAAAAUAUCAGAAGAAGGUUCAGGAUCUGACGUCAAAGCGGGAAUAUAUGCUUCAUUUGGUGGACUUCAGAUGUGGCUGAAGGGGGAUCCAAUCCAUUGUACCAAGUUUAAGGUUGAUCAAAAGUUGUUUCUUCUUAUUAGGAAGCUGCCAUGAUACUUCAUCAAGAAAUUGAAACUUUAUCACAAGAGAAUUGUCCACGCAUAGCAUAUUCUGGAGACAUGUAACCGCUGCAGGUAGACAUUUAGCACUCAUGGCUAGUUUAGUAUGCAAGACUGUACUGAUGUUUUUGUAAAAACUUAUUAAAUUUAGGGAUUUUAAUAUAAUUUUUUUUCUUUCAAAUGUCACUUCCCCCUUCCCCCCCCUCCUGUAAUGGAAAUUUAUUCAAUUGUGUGAA